AUGCUCUCACGUGUUGCUUCUGUGGAGGCACCCCGCACACACAGCCUUCGCCGCGUGACCGGAUCCAGCGGAAGGAGGAGGGAAGGAAGAGAGAGUGAGCCGCGGAGGCCCAACAUGUCCCGGCAUCUCUUCUAUUCUGCGGUGCUAAUCUUUCUUGUUAUGGUGAUGUUCUGCGGCAGAGGAGCUGCUAGCGCGGAUGUGAAGGAGUCAUCUUCUGUCCAGUUUAAAUGGGAAGGCAUCACUGACGUUAAGGAAGCUGUGAAAUCAUUGGGUGUUCCCGGACUUCUAAAAGUGGAGAAUGACGUAUUUGCCGUUGCUGAGGCGCAGUGCAAGAAAGAAGAAGAAGAAAACACCUUUACUGGUAUUGCAUCCCAAAUUCUCACGAAAAAAACUACUAAAGAGCCGGAGGAAGUUCUGAAGGAUGCCAAAAAGGACAUACAAGUUUUGGAGAAAGACGCUUCCCAAGGCAAGAAGAAAGUAGAUGUGAGCCGACCAACGACAGUUGUGAAGGGAAGAGAGAUUUACAUGCUUGUUGGAAAAUGCAGCCGGACAGCCGUUGCUCAGGAGAGUGUUGCAGAAGCCUCGGGGCUUUUUCUGGUGAAAGGGGAAGUCAGUGGUGAUGAAAGUAAACAAAAAAUCCUUUGGAAAGACACUAAGGAUGUGCUACGGGCAUCGUUUGGCAAAGAAAUUUCAUCCUUGGAAAGAAUGAUUUGCG